GCCAGGGCGGGCUGAGGACUAUGAGCUGCCCGUGCGGUGCCCUCUGACCGCCGGAGGUGCCAGGGCUACUCUCUGCCAUGUCAGGAUUCCCCAGGCAACCCCCAGGGAAGAAGGGGAAGACUCUGAUCAUCCAGGAUGAUCCUGAUGAAGAUGAUCCUGAUGAAGGGAACCCGUUUUCUUUCAAAGAAUUUGUGAAAGGCAAAACCAGUAUCUUGCCGACGGGAAGGAACGGAGAAGGGGAUUUCUCCAUUGAGACUAAACAUGGUACCACAGUCCUCCCCGAAUCCCGGGACAAGUUCUCCUCAAACUCAAAGUACCAGGAAACGUUUUUUAAGGACCCCACUGUGGACAAUGAUCUCCUGGAUGAAGAUGACUAUGAUGAGGAGGAGGAGGACUGGAGCGGAAGCUAUCACCCAUCGGUGGUAGAGCGACUCUGCAUGUCGGCACAUCUCCUGACAGCAUAUAUAACGAGUCUUCCGCAUACAGCGACAUCUCAGGGGACGAUCAGUUUCCGAUAUGGCGUCUGCCGGGAGGUCCCCCUCCUGCUGCCGAUGGUUACACCAAUCCAGAGCCGCCCAUCACACCGGCGAAGAACCCCGCAUGACACCGCGCUCUUCCAGAGCAAGCAGAUGAGCUACGAGGAGGUCUUGGAAGAAAAUAACAGCCUGAGAAGAAAAAUCCAAGAAAUGCACAAAGUGAACGAGUCCCAGUCGGAAAAGGUCAAAUAUUUCGAGCGAGAACUGGAAAAAAAAAUCCUGGAGGAGCAGAAGGAGGCACAAGACCUGGAGUCCAUGGUGCAGCAAGUGGAGGCGAACCUGCAGAUGAUGACGAAAAGAGCUGCCAAAGCCGAGAGCCACGUGACGAAACUCAAGCAGGAGGUGACUCUUCUCCAGAUCCAGCUAAAUACCUACAAGGCGGAGAAUGAAGCUUUGCGGCGGGGGGAAACGGCUGGGAUGAACGCGGUGAAACAGAACGCCAGCUUAGCCCUGGAGAACCUGCACAAGGCUGUGAGCGGAGCGCAGACUUCCAUCAAGCAGCUGGUGUCCGGAGCGGAGGCGCUGACCCUCGUCGCUGAGCUGCUGAGAUCCAUUGACAAAAUAGCAGAAGUUCACGACGAUGGAUCAUAAAGACGACUACUACUUCAUAAUGGAACUUGCCAAAUAGUGGGGGGAAAAAAAGACUCCGCCAUGACGGUCGCUUCCAUGUGUUGAGGAAAGGAAUCUUUUGGUGGGUCUUUUCCCCCUUAUACAGCGCCACCCUUAUCUAGUAAUGCAGCUUCAGGAAAGGAAAAAAGGAGGCUGCAAUACCAAACACAGGCUGUGAAGAAGGGUGGCGCUGUUUGGGAAAAAUAAAGCCCACUCGUUGCUCUAAAGUUAGACCAUAGGGAGGGUGGUCUAACGUAUCACCGGGAACUAGUGACGCUACUAUGUAGUGAGGUCAUCUGUUCCUAGUAAGCAUAGGCUUCUGCAUCAUCAAAAGCAAUAUCACGCUAUUGGCUGCCCCCACUAUACACCCUAUAGAAAAAACCCGCCAGUCCGACAGACCGUCUUCCAAUGAGAGGCCAGUCCAUGACUAUGGCAGGACCAGCCAACCACCUGAUAUGUAAGGGGGUGCCCGAAUCUCCCCCAAUGGCCAAUAUCAGGGUAAGCCCGAUGGUUUGCUCUCACUGGAGAGAAGCAGCCACCAGAGGUGUCUGACAGCUGCUUAUUCCCUAAUCCCAUUAAAGGGCAUCUGUCAGCAGAUUUGUACCCAAGAAACUGGCUGUUUUAAUAAAUACAAAUGAGCCUGUAGGUGCAAUGGGGGCGUUGCCGUUACUCCUAGAGGCUCUGCUCUAUCUGCAACUGCCGCGCCCGCUGCACAGACAGUAAAAACAUCAUCACGCCUGGACCUGUCAAUCAAAGUGCAGAGGGCGCAGCAGUUGCAGAGAAAGCUGAGCCUCUAGGUGUAACGGUAACGCCCCCGUUGCUCCUAGAGGCUCAUUUGCAUAUAUUAAGACAUCAUUUUUCUCAGCAGUGCGGGCACAUAGGAACAUGGGACCAACACAGAUGCCUUCAGCUGCCAACAGGUCAGCCAGUUUCAUAGGUACAAAACUGCUGACGGCAUUCCUGUGUUCUUAAACGGUAUCUGUCAGCUGCAUGUGUAUGACGGGGGGGAGGGGACAGCUCUCUAAGAUGUAUGGCACGCUUCUACUGAUUCCAAUAUAGCAGGGAUGCUCAAUCCACCUGCGGCCCUCCAGCUGUUGCAAAACUACAACUCCCAGCAUACCCUAGUAGCUGUAGGAUGUCCAGGCAUACUGGGAGUUGUGGUUUUGGAACAGCUGGAGGGCCGCAGGUUGAGCAUCCCUGCUAUAUAGGCAUCUCAAUACAGAGACUGAUGGAUGAUUUACUGCCUUAUAUUUAUAUACUGUCCCGGGUUAAAGGGGUUGUCCGACCCAAAAGACACUUACCUAGUCCCAACGCCGCUGAGGCUCAGCUGUCACAUACCGCGACCAGUGAACGGCCGCAGCGGCGCACAUGACCAUGAAUGGGACGUCACACUUCCGGUCCGUAGGGGGAUGGGAGGCUUCAUGUUGGAACAGAGUGGCGGUGACUAGGUGUCUUCCCUGGCCCUGAUUAGGGGUCAGACAACCCCUUUAAUGUUCUUUCUUUGGGAUAGGUGGCAUUGGUGAAGUCGGAGGAAUGAAGGAUAGACAGUGCGCUCUCCAUGAUUAUCCUGGUACAGCAGCGCCUUUUGUACAUGUGGCUGCAUCUGGUACUGCAGUACAACCUACAGCCAUGCGGAUAAGUAUAGGCCAUCGAUGUAUAUUCCUGGAAAACCCCUUUAAGGCCUGUAGUCCUAUAUAUAGGUGACCAAAUACUGCACUAUUCUUGCUGCCACUAUCUAUGGCGUCUACUCGCCGCACACUUAUCCUACUUGCAAGAUGUGAAGCACUUUACACUACAACCCCCUGCACCAGCGCGUGAGGCACGAUUGUUCUCUCUACACAAGACAUCUGCGGCUGUUGGGAAACUACAACUCCCAGCAUGCCCUGACAGCCUGCAGAAUACUGCUUUACACUAUGGGUCUAGCACUGUGAGUUAACAUGUAAGAUAUAUUUUUAUCUAAAUUAUAUAUUUUAGCUUUUUUAUCAUUUCACUUGUACUAAACAUAAAACCAGUUUAAUUCCUAUUAUUUUCUAUAAGAAUAACCAGCUGAAUUAAUAUAUAUGAUUAAUAAGACAAUUGUGCUGUGGCGUGGUGAGGCUAAAUCAAUACAGGGAGCUUUACAACAUCACAGCGGAGGGUUUGCUACAUUUGUAUCCAGUCUGGGCUGUAAAUGAGAUGUUCCGAUUCAAUGAAAGCAAGCAGAGAUGUAAAGAAUGAGCCAGUAUUCGCAAUAGUAUAGUCCGUAUAGAAGAAGACAUUGCUGUGAUCUCCUAGUGCAGCCGACUAUAGCUAUUGCAAAACCACAACUCCCACCAGGCAUGGUGGGAGUUGUAGUUUUCCAACAGCUGGCGAGCUACAGGUUGGAGAACAUUGCCCUAGCAGGGGUGGGCUACCUGCAGCACUCCCAACUGUUGUGAAACUACAACUCCCAGCAUGCAUACUUGCUCUGCUCUUCUUAGAACACUCCUAGAAAUAAAUGGAGCAUGCUGGGUAUUGUAGUUUCACAACAGCUGGAGUGCCGCAGGUUGCCCACCCCGUCAUGGAUGAGACUCUAAAAUGGCUGCCUCUUAAAGGGGCUGUCUCGUCUAAGGUAUUGGUGGCAUAUAGCUAUGGUACGCCACCAGUGUCGGAUAGGUGCAGGUCUCACCUAUCUCUAGAAAGGAGCCCCCAAGGUGAUCGCAUUGACGCGUCCGUCCUCUGUUCAUUUCUAUAGGAGGCCAUUUCCAUAAGUUGAAUGGAGAGGUGGCCGCCGUUGCACAGUGCGCCUCUCCGCUCAUUUCUAUGGGACUUCCGAAUAUAGCCAAUCGCAUUUGCUCAGCUAUUUUCAGAACUCCCACAGUGGUGAAUGGAGAGCAUCCUACGCAUGCGCAGUGUUCUUUCUGUUCACUCGAGGGCGACGGUCAAGAGAUAGGUGCCAUAUCUGACCAUGGUGGCAUAUCCUAGCAAUAUGCCACCAAUGUGUGAGGUGACACAUGUCUAUAUGUGAGCCCUCUGUCAUUCUGCUCGGCUGCCUCAGGUUGGUCAGCACCCGCAUACUGCUGAGGAAUCCGAGAGAGAUGGCCAGCCUGUCUUCAUCAUCACUGCCUCUUUCCAUUCACAGUAUACAGGGGCUGCCAGGAAGAGCAGUCAUAGGGAUGUAAUCUCUCGAUUCCCUGAGUAGCUCCUGUGGAUGUCCUAUUGUGGUAUAUGCAGUUCCCUAAUCUAUUCCCCUAUAGGUCUAGCCACUUAUUUAAACUAUGCAGUGUUAUGAAAUCCAGCGUUCUCCCGAUCCUGCAUUUUCUGAUCGCCCCAAUGAUAUUCGCAUUCUUCGCUCACGAUGAUAGAAACUAUUUGUAUUUUCUGAAUUGUACUGGGAUAUUGUAAGCCAAGAUCAGUCGUCCUGAUGCCAGCCCGCAGCGGUGGAACCACAGGUCCCAGGAUAUUCUCGGGUAAGCAGCAGGGCUCCUGAUCUGCGCUAUUUUGUUUUUAUACUCCUGAAUAAAUGAUUAUUUGACCUUUUAUUAUUUAAGGUGAGUCGGCAGCGUGUGGUGUGUGUCUUUAAGACCUUUUAUAUUCCGUGUUAGUUGCAGGUUAUAGAGCAGGAGGAGCCGAGUGAUUUAGUACUUUCUGCUCGAUC